AUGAAUGUAAUAUUCAGAGUCACCGAGCGCCUCACUUCCUCCUCCGGUCUCAGCUCCCUCCGCUCCCCGCACUCCCCACAGCUGGCGCCGGGAACCGCCGGGGGCUGGGAGGGAACGCGGGCGGGGGCGGCCACCCUCCGCCGCAGCCGCGGGGCCGGAGCCGCGAGGCGCGUGGCGACGAGCGGAGACCAGAGGAACUCGGUGGCGAGCACAGCUCUGCUCCCGGACCUGUCAAGUCAGAUUCGUGUAGAUCCAGAGGAUCAAACCCAGGCUCC